AAGAGGUUUCUCAGUCGAGCUCCCUCCUCUAGCUCUCUACAAUAUCUCUCUGGUUACCAUGGCAACCCUCUCUCCCGCUAUAUUACUAACCAUGCUGCUAAGAUUCAGACACCUCUCGCCACCAACAUUGAAGUAAACUCGGAUAUUCUCCGUUCCCUCAGAAUGAGUUUCACCAAACUUCACAGCGAUCUGCCUGUAAAAUACCAGCGGACUGGCAAAAUGGGCGGGACGAUAUACGAGUUACAAACACUAGAGACACGUGUAGCCAGGAUACCCAGCAACCCAAUAACACGACUAGAGGAUUGGAGACAAGUCUGUAGAGAUAUACUGGACAAUGCCAGAUGUUAUCCUCAAGGGAUUCAUCAGACUCUGCUGGAACACUGCAAAAGACUUGUCUACUCCCCUCCCGAGCAUAGGAGGGAGUUGCUGGACAAGAUAAUAACAAGACUGAUAGAUUGUGAGUACCCUAUCAGUAGUUCCUUAUACAACAGUUAUCUAUCUACAGUGUGGGCUCUCAGACUCGACAUCGACCUCAACCAGGUAUUUGAGGAUCUGAGGAAGCUGAAUCUGCCGCUAAGCUACGAUAAUCACCAUAUUGUACAGUUAUCAGACACAGUUUGCAACUUCCUCAGCUUACAAGGAGACUCCGCUGCGAUCAGUCAGUGUUUUGACUCCUUCUCUACAAGCCGCAACUUCCCUGGUUUUACGGACCGCUCUUUCGGUAUAGUAGCGGCAGCUCAUAUUAUGAGAGGUGAGUUUGACGAGCUGGUUAAGUUACAGUCAGCACUAGAGCGCUGCGGGUCUAUUAAGCUGGGAUACCGCUUCUACUCUAGUGUAAUGUUCAGUUUAGCAAGGAACGGUAACCUGGAUCUACUGGACACUCUUCUCAGGAAAGACAAGAUGGCCUGCGUGACAGGAUUUGAGAAUCACUUGGCAACUCUCUGUAUAGAGCUUGUAAACAGUGGCAACGAGAACUUCAUCUUGAACAUUCUUCCUUACUUCCACGGAGUAAGUUAUCAGUGGGGGAGAGUGUUGGAGCAGUUGGUGUGUGAUCAUAUGAGCAGGGGAGCAGUUGGGGUGGGGGCGGAUCUGCUGGUGCACGGUGGUGACCUCUUCAAGUUCCACAAACCCAGACAGCUUGAUAUAUUUGAGUCGGAGACUUUGCCAGAUAUAAUGCAGAACAUUACGGAGAAUCUGGAUAACAUUCUCGUACAGUUGGAACUGCGAGGAGUUGACACUCAAUACAUCUUUAAUUUCGACAAAAUAUCAGACGACAUUGUGCAUGAUAUCGACCGGUUAGAGGGCGAAUUUCCGGACAGUGAUUGGGUUCAGAAACUUUAUGACUAUAAAAUGAACAAGAUGACUAAGGAAUAGACUUGAUGACAUCUAUAGAGUCAAAUAUAG